UCAUUUCAGCUGUCAACAUUAGAAGAAGAUUUUAUUUACGCGGCUGAAUUUGGUGAUAUCCCAACUGUGCAACGAAUUUUAGAAGAUAAUUUAGGGUUUAGUGUAGACUACAGUGAUAUAUUAGGUCGAACACCGUUAAGGUUAGCAGUUGGUAAUGAACAUUUGGAGGUAUGUGAGUUAUUAUUAGACCGAUGCAAUGUGUCUAGUAUCCACGAAGCCCUGCUUCAAGCCAUCAGUGCUGGUCAUGAACAAAUUGCAGAGACAAUUCUUAAACAUCCGAAAUACCGAGAAAUCAAGAAGGAAAAUAAGAGAUUCGGUGAAACGGACUAUUUCUAUAAUACAAACAGUGAAGAUUCGCCAUUUUCCUCGGAUAUUACGCCAUUGAUAUUAGCAGCAGAAAGAAAUCAGUUUGAAAUUGUUCAGUUAUUGUUAUUACGGGGUGAAAAGAUACCAAAACCCCAUCAUUAUUAUUGUCACUGUCAGGAAUGUUCCAAUAAAUUGCAGUUUGACCAGCUACGACUGGCUAAAACACGCCUCAAUGCAUAUAAAGGAUUAGCUAGUGGUGCUUAUAUCUCGUUAUCCAGCAAAGAUCCCAUUUUAACAGCUUUUGAUUUAGCAAGGGAAUUACGGAGAGUAGCGGUGGUCGAGAAAUAUUAUAAGAAUGAAUAUUUAGAAUUAGCGGCCCAAUUGAGUGAAUAUGUAGUGAAAUUACUGGAUAAAGUUAGAGGUCAUGAAGAAUUAGAGUUAAUUUUAAAUAAAACGGGUACCAAUAGUGAGGAGGAAACCUAUGAAGCCUUAGCAAGAUUAAAUCUAGCCAUUAAAUAUAAUGAGAAGAAGUUUGUUGCUCAUCCGAGUUGUCAACAAAGAUUAGUCAGUAUUUGGUAUGGUGAUUUACGAGCCUUAGAAAGAUCUAAUUGGUUUUAUCGUUCUUUAAUAGUUUUUAUGAUCACCAUUUUCUAUCCUAUAUUUGCAGUGAUGUAUUGGAUUGUGCCUACUACGCAGGCAGGAAAGUUCUUACGUUAUCCAUGUGUCAAGUUUAUAGGACAAACGAUGUCUUUCAUUACUUUUCUUGUUAUGAUUUUUAUAUCGACGGCAACAGAAAGACCGUCGUUACACCGAAAUAUGUCUGCCUUUACAACAGUGUUUAAACAUUAUUCCGUCUUCAGAAACAAAACUACAGGAGGGUGGCCGGAAGAUUUUGUGCUAAGAACUUAUGAACCAGAAUUAAUUCAUUUAGUAAUGUCUGUUUGGAUCAUAGGUAUGUUAUGGCAAGAAAUGAAACAGAUGUAUGGUAGUGGAUUAUUCAAUUAUUUUGAUUCUUUAUAUAAUUAUCUUGAUACAGCAGUGUUAACAGUUUACAUUAUGUCCUUUACGUUACGAUAUUUUGCCUUAAAAUAUUUUGAAUCAGAAGAGUCUUGGGAGGAGUUAAUGGCAGGAAAUUUCACAUCUAAAUUUCAACUGUAUUGGCUCGUGGCAGGUAAGAGUACGCUUAUGCACCAUUCGAAUCGAUUCUACUGGGAUAGUUGGGAUCCAUACAACGUAGCCGAGGCCGCCUUUGCUGUAGCGAAUGUUAUCAGUUUUACAAGAGUUUCCUAUCUUUUACCAGCCAAUGAAUUGUUUGGUCCAAUGCAAAUCUCAUUAGCGAGAAUGAUUACCGAUAUCAUGAAAUUCUUUGUGGUAUUUCUGGUGUUAUUUAUUGCCUUUAUGGUUGGUUUACAUAACUUAUAUUGGUAUUAUCCUAAAAACGUGAGAAAAGAUGUUGAAUUACUGCCUAAUAACAUAACUACAGUGGCAGAAGAAAAUUUUGGAAUACCAGAUAUAACAUUCCGGACAGUAUUUUGGUCGAUGUUGGGACGCGGUGAACCAACAGCUGUGGAACUGGGAGAAUUCGACAACCACUUUACACAGAAUGUUGGUUAUUGGUUAUAUGGAGCUUAUAAUGUAGCUAUUGUGAUAGUCUUACUUAACAUGUUAAUUGCUAUGAUGACCAGAUCAUUUGAAAUCAUUCAAGAAAUGGCGGAUACUGAAUGGAAGUUUGCCAGAAGUAAAAUGUAUAUGGAAUAUAUAAAAGGAGAAUGUACAUUGCCAGUACCAUUCAACAUAUUCCCAACACCUAAAUCAUUAUAUUAUCUUUUACGAUUUUUUAUCAAUUUAUGUUGCCGACGAGACGAUCCGCCAAUAUCAACACAUCCUGGUCGUAUUAAAGAUAUUGAAAUGUUUGCUGCUGGAAACUCUAUCGUAAGUUAA